GCUGUUUCGCGGCAGUCUGGUAGUUUCUAUAGGACGAAUAUAUUCGCAGGAAUCGAUCUAUGUACGUGUAACACGGUAUUUAAUAGAAAUCGAGAUUUUAUAGUUCUGCUUUGACCGAAACUGAAUAAUAGUUGUGAGUGAAGACUUUUUUAAUUCAAUAGAAGUGUCGGUUGCAUCCUACACUUGAAAUAUACCUAAGUACCUACUUUUUUUUAGAUUUACUAAAUUUCAGCUCCCGGUUGUUUUCGAGGAAUCUUAAUUGAAGACCAUUCGCAAUAUCUUGUAUUCACCGUCCAACUUGGAGAAUAAAACAGAAAACAGGCGAAAAAUGAAGAGUGGUAGUGCAGAAGAUUCAAUUUAUAAGGAUGUGGUAGUAAUUGGGAAUGGGCCCAGUGGAAUCAUGCUAUCAUAUAUGCUGUCUGGAAACCUACCUUAUAUAAUAUCGGAUGCCCAUCCAGACGAAAUGCUAUCUGCCAGGCUUAAACCUAUCGUCGGAGAAUGUUUACUUCAGCAGGACCUGGAAUAUCUUUCGGCAGGCUUAGAGGGCAGAUCAACAAACCAAAUUUCUCUACUGAUGGAUGCCUUGUUGCAUCCUUGCGCCGAUAUUGGGUUGGAGAUGGAACCGCUUGUCGAGUUUAGGAAAACUGGCAUUGAGAUCGAUCAUGUUGUAUUGGGUAAAGGCCCACCCGGCGGAUCGUGGCAUAAGAUGGACCCACACAUACUCACGCUAUCCCUUGGCAGCUGGAUGGCUCUACCCACACUACCGUUUCAUUCCAGAGAUUCGGGAGAGAAACGGGCCUACGCCUGCAACGUGGCGAAAUAUUACAUGCAGUACACGGAACAGAUGGAACUCGUCAAAUAUUUCAAAAAUAGCGUUAUUGUGUCUUCGGUGAACUUGAUAAAUCAAAAUCCGAUUCUUUGUCAGGGCUUCACGGAAAAUAGCCGGCUGACGAACUACGACGACUUGAACAAGAUUGACUAUGAUAUUAUGCCAAGGGUUGAGAUUAUUUCACCAGAUAGGGAGCAGAACUUCGAGGAGUACAAGACUUGUUUUAUUUCAAACGCCAUAAAUUGUUUAAGGUUAAGGGGUAAUAGGAAGAAGUCUCGCUGUAAAAGAACUAGAGAAAAACUAUUCGAUAACAGCCCCACUAGGAAAAUAAGAGAAAUAAUGAAGUCAGAAAAUGAUCCAUUCCUUAGUUCUAGGUUGUCGAAGCACGAGAAAAAUAGAUCGGUUAGCUUCUGCUGUGAUUCAAGUAAUGUUUGUGAUAAUCAGUAUAGUAGGUCCUUCAAUGAAAAUCGGGUAAACCCCCGUUCUUUAAGCUCUUGUAGUCUAGAUUUUACCAACAAAAGGGUGCCUUUUUCUUUAAACUAUUCAAGCUGUGAUUCCGCUAAAUGGGUUGUGAAUGUUUUCGACAAAGAGACUGGGGAGAAAAUCACGUAUAAAUGUAAAUACUUAGUGUUAGCUAAUGGUGGAAAUGACUUACCGAACCGACUGGAGAUCUCAAGAGAGAAACCAGAUCCUGAUUGGCUCUUGUACGAUUUGAGAAGUUUGGAAUCCAGGUUGGAUUCUUAUAUAUUCGGCAAAAGAAAUGAAGAGGUUUUGCCGGUUCUAGUGGUUGGUGCUGGCUUGAGUGCCGCGGAUGCCGUUAUUGCUAUAAGGGCCCGGAACAUACCAGUAAUUCAUGUUUUCAGGAACAAAACUGCCGAUUUAAAUAAGCACUUGCCUGAAAACAUGUAUCCAGAAUAUCACAAGGUACAUCAAAUGAUGAAAGAUGGGGGAUCCACAUAUCCUCUUUACUCAGCCUACCCAGAACACACUUUAACUGAUAUCGACGAAAAGACACGUACUAUAAUUUUAACAUCAAAGGAUGGCAUGAAGACCAAAAUAAAUGUCUCCUUUGCCGCUGUUCUCAUUGGAUCGAGACCGGAUUUCUCAUUUUUACCGAAAGACCUCAACUUAGGUGUUAAAAGAGAUCAACCUAUAGAUUGCAAGACGAACCCCAUGGACAUAGAUAGACUGACAUAUAGGGUGAAUGGAUGCGAGAACUUGUUUGCUGUGGGGCCUUUAGCUGGGGAUCAUUUCGUUAGGUUUAUACCUGGUGGUGCUUUGGCUGUUGUUUCAGAAUUGUAUAGACAACCUAAAGAUAAGUAAAUGCACUUAGGAUCUUAUCAUGUUUAUUGUUAAAUUGGUUUUACUUGUUGAACACUUUAAAUUUUAACUUUUUUAACACAGACCGUGUUAACAUUUGAAAGUUAUAUAUUUUAUUAUGAGA